CGCAAAAAACCAGGGUAGGCGGCCUCUGUAAUUUGCCGCAGAUACGCUCCAGCCUCCAGCCUGCAGAUCAAAGGCGACUGAACCAACCUUUUCUAUUGGAGUUGGGGUUUCGACAAGCGUGGGGCGAGGACGAGUAGAGGUUUAGCACUAGGGUUUUAGGUGGAGGAAGGAAUUCGCUCCAACACAGACGACCAUGGCGAGGUCUAUUAGGUCUUCUGCGACUCGUCUACUUUACGCCCUGUGCACGGAGAACACUCUCUCCUCUCUGUCAUCCUCAUCCUCGCCUUUCGCGGUUAUCGUACUCGAAAAUGGCCAACGGCGGGGAUUUUCUGCUGGGAACUUGGCGCGAGCGAAGGAAGAUAAGGACGCUUGGUGGAAGGAAGCCAUGGAGAAGCUUCGGAACAUCGGAAUUUCUGCACAUAUUGAUUCCGGCAAGACGACGCUCACCGAGCGGAUUCUAUACUAUACGGGAAGAAUUCACGAGAUCCACGAGGUCAGAGGGAGAGAUGGAGUUGGCGCAAAGAUGGACUCCAUGGAUUUGGAAAGAGAGAAGGGGAUUACGAUCCAAUCUGCUGCUACUUACUGUACCUGGAAUGGUUAUCAGGUUAACAUAAUUGACACCCCAGGACAUGUUGAUUUUACCAUUGAGGUUGAACGAGCAUUGCGUGUUCUUGAUGGUGCUAUACUUGUCCUUUGUAGUGUUGGUGGUGUUCAGAGUCAAUCAAUUACUGUUGAUCGGCAAAUGAGAAGAUAUGAAGUUCCAAGACUUGCAUUCAUUAACAAACUUGAUAGAAUGGGAGCAGAUCCAUGGAAAGUCCUCAACCAGGCAAGGUCUAAGCUUCGGCAUCAUAGUGCUGCAGUGCAGGUUCCAAUUGGACUGGAAGAAGAAUUUCAGGGUCUUGUGGACCUUGUGCAGUUAAAAGCUUAUUUCUUCCAUGGUUCAAAUGGUGAAAAAGUUGUCACCUCAGAUAUUCCUGCCGAUAUGGAAGCUUUAGUUGCAGAAAAAAGGCGGGAACUAAUAGAAAUGGUGUCUGAAGUUGAUGAUCAACUUGCUGAAGCUUUUCUAAAUGAUGAACCAAUAUCACCCAGUGACCUUGAGAUGGCAAUCCGCAGGGCUACGAUAGCACGCAAAUUUGUCCCAGUAUUUAUGGGUAGUGCAUUCAAAAAUAAGGGAGUACAGCCUCUGCUGGAUGGUGUAUUAAGUUAUUUGCCUUGUCCUGCUGAAGUUAGUAACUAUGCUCUUGACCAAACAAAGAAUGAAGAAAAGGUUACACUCUCAGGAACUCCAGCUGGGCCUCUUGUUGCAUUGGCUUUCAAACUGGAAGAAGGGCGAUUUGGUCAAUUGACUUAUUUAAGAAUCUAUGAAGGUAUUAUUCACAAGGGUGAUUUUAUAAUCAACAUAAACACAGGAAAGAAGAUCAAGGUUCCUCGCUUGGUUCGGAUGCAUUCUGAUGAGAUGGAGGAUAUUCAAGAGGCUCAUGCUGGGCAAAUAGUCGCUGUGUUUGGUGUGGAUUGUGCAUCAGGAGAUACUUUUACUGAUGGAUCAGUUAGAUACACAAUGACUUCUAUGAAUGUUCCUGAACCAGUCAUGUCAUUAGCUGUUUCACCUGUAUCCAAGGAUUCUGGAGGACAAUUUUCAAAAGCUCUGAACCGCUUUCAGAAAGAGGAUCCAACUUUCCGUGUUGGUUUGGAUGCUGAGAGUGGACAGACAAUAAUUUCUGGAAUGGGAGAGCUUCAUUUGGACAUUUAUGUUGAGCGAAUCCGGAGGGAGUACAAGGUUGAUGCAACUGUUGGGAAGCCUCGUGUUAACUUUAGGGAGACAGUUACUCAGCGUGCUGAAUUUGAUUAUUUACACAAGAAACAGACUGGAGGGCAAGGUCAAUAUGGGAGAGUAUGCGGGUAUAUUGAGCCGCUUCCAAUGGAGUCACCAACCAAGUUUGAAUUUGAGAACAUGAUUAUAGGGCAAGCAAUACCAUCAAACUUUAUCCCAGCAAUUGAGAAGGGCUUUAGAGAAGCAUGCAAUUCGGGUUCAUUGAUAGGGCAUCCAGUUGAAAAUGUCCGUGUGGUUUUAACUGAUGGUGCAUCUCAUGCUGUGGAUUCCAGUGAGCUUGCUUUUAAGCUAGCUGCCAUAUAUGCAUUUAGACAGUGCUAUGCAGCAGCAAAGCCUGUAAUAUUAGAACCUGUGAUGUUGGUGGAGCUGAAGGCGCCAACAGAAUUCCAGGGUACAGUUACUGGUGAUAUUAAUAAGAGAAAAGGUGUGAUCGUUGGAAAUGACCAGGAUGGAGACGACUCUGUUAUUACUACACAUGUCCCUCUGAACAAUAUGUUUGGAUACUCUACAGCACUCCGGUCCAUGACACAGGGUAAAGGUGAGUUCACUAUGGAGUACAAAGAGCAUUCACCAGUUUCACAGGAUGUGCAGAUGCAACUAAUAAAUACUUACAAGGCCGCGAAAGCAGCAGAAUAGCCUAUUUUUGGAGUAAAGAAUGCUGCCCCACAUUCUUUUCCCAUCCACAUGUAACAUGUCAUAUUUAUAUUUCAUAAGAUGAGGUAAUAGGUAAAUUUUUUGUCCUCCAAAUUCCCCCUUGAAUGGAAAAUCAUUCAUGUUACUGUCUAGAAAAUUUUGUCACAAUAAAUGUUACAUUUUUCUUUGAUUUAUCAAUAAUUAGUCUCGCAUCUAGGGUUCUCUCAA